AUGAAUAGGUUGUUAUUGACCGUAAUAUUUGUUUAUUUUAACGGAAAUUUUAAAGGUUGGUGUUUUUUAAACUGUUCUGGCACAUCAAGAGAUUAUGGACACAUUCAUAAAGUAAAUGAUAAAUAUUCAGAUUCUAAACUACACAGAGGUAAAUCUUUGGAUAAGUCAAAACAUAAAGUACCAAGCAACAAAUCUGGAAAAUAUCUGAAACCGAAAAAUAUAGGAAAGAAUAAAGAUGAUUUGGAUUCAUUGUUUGCUAAGGAUGAGGAUGAACUUAAGAUGAUUAAGGAAAUAAAUGCAUCAAGAAGGUAUUUUAGUGAGAAAAAUAACCCACUGAUGAGGAAAAUAGAACACAGUAAUCAGAUAAACUCGAGUAAAAAAAUCAAAAAGUUGGCAAAAAGAGCCGAGAAGAACAGUGUAAAAUACUUUAAAGAACCGCCAAAAGUGUUAGAAAAAAAUAAUAAAGUUGAAAAGAUUGCCAAGUUACCCGAUUCAAACAGUAGUGACAAUUUGAAGAAAAUCACCCCUAAAAAAGCUCCAGAAGUAAAGAAAACUGAUUUGGAACAAGAUGAUGUGGAGAAGAAGAUUUACAAGAGAACAAAAAUAUCUGAAAAGGAGUUGAAUUUGUUACCACUAAAGGCCCCGGGAAUAAGAGCACUAGAGCCUGACGCCAUGAAAACUGUUCCAGUCGAGGAAAUUGACUCACUCAUCAAGUUGGGUUACGAUGGCAUAAUUGACAUGAACUCACUUUUCACAAGUAAGAUUGGUGGUAGUGAAACUUCAGACUCUGAAUUCGUUAAGGUUCCGUUCAAAUCGUUGGGAAUAUAUGAUGAGGCGUUAAUUGAGACAUUGAAAUUGCUAGGAAUUGAUAAACCGACGUAUGCACAGAAAAAAUUUAUACCUAAACUAACUGAGAUUUUGAGUACACCGACGGCAGAAAAGCCCAAAAAUUUGAUAACCAGGGUUAUUCAUGCAUCAACAGGCUCUGGGAAAACAUUAAUGUAUAUGCUUCCAAUAUUUCAAUCAUGUUUAAAUCAGUCAGUUCCACUGUUUUCAGGGUGGUCAACCUACAACCAAAAGGCGAUAUUGGGUUCUGUCAAGGAAUUGAUAAACCAAGAUAUUUUGGUAAUAUGCCCUUCACUUGAACUUUGUGUUCAGUCCUGUAAAGUAGCAAAAACCAUCUAUGAGCAGUAUAAAGCUGUAAAGAGUGAAGGUAACCCUGAAGAUUUUUACCCAGAUUUCUCAAAAAUUCUAGCAAUACCUUCUAAGGAUAAAGAAAGUGAUGAGAUCAGUACAAUUAAUGUCGAAACUGAAAUAAAGCCUACAUUACUAAUAGGAAACGCAAACGUUUUGUACCAGAAGAAAAAUAUAAAGAAGAUAACGGCUGAAAAGGCUGAAGAAUACGAAGUGGCAAAAACUUCAAUACAGAAAAUGGCAGCUUCAAGGCUCCUAACCAAAGGCUCUGAUCCGACUUCAAACACAAUGAAAAGAACAGUGGCGAUGUAUUUUGCAACUCCGGGUCGUCUGUACUCACUUCUAUUCGAGCACAAACUGUUGAACUUGAAGGAUUUUAGGUACGUGGUCCUCGACGAAUACGAUAGUUACCUGGAGAUGGUAGGCCAAACUGAUAAAAAAAUCAAAAAUGUUAGAACAAAGGAACUUAUUAAUAAAAUGUUCAAAAACAUGAGUAUUGGGUUGGAGAGUGAGAAGGAAGAAGACCUCGGUAGAGAAUUAAAGGAGUAUUUAGUAAAUUUGAGAAGAAAGUAUGUCAUGUGUGUGUCAGCAUCAGAUAAUAUAAGAGCAAUGCCUGAUGUUUUAAGGAAGUUUUUUGUGGAAGAAGACGAAGAAAAUAAAAAGAAUUUAGAAAAUAAUAAAGAAUCUCGUGGUUCUGAACAGUCUGAGCCUAAAAAGAAUGUAAAAUCUAAAACAGCCUAUCAGUUCCCAAAAAAUAUCCUACACACCAUGGCAACAUAUACAGUGCCUGACGCUAAAUUAUCAUUAUUGAGGAAAAUCUUAAAAUCAGUCCCGUAUAAUAAGUCUGUUUUGGUAUUUUGUGACUCAAAUGGCACUGCAAAUUUUUUAUUCAAGUAUUUGGGAGGAAUUUUUACGGAUGCAUCGAUACAGCUGUUGAACAGCGUACAAAAUAGAAUAACCAGAAGGAAGGCGUUCAGCAAUGUAAUUCAAACUAAUAUAGAUAACACAAACUUGUACAAUAUUAAUAAGAAAACAACUAGAUUGGUAAAAGAUAUCCUAAUAUCGACGAGACUGAACUCUAGAGGCAUUGACUUCAGCGGUUACACCCAUGUGGUUAACUACGAUCUACCGCACGACUCUGAUACAUAUAUACACAAAAGCGGAAGAAUAGGAAGAGCAGGGAACCCGGGAAUCUGCAUAAGCUUAGUGGAGGCAAAAAACUUGCCAGUGUUCAAGAGAGCGAUUGUAGAUAGGUUGCCAAUCAAGUUCCACAACAUUGAUUCAAAUAAUGGACUCCUGGUUACAAAGCCUUAG